CAGUUAGAGCACAGCGUUAAGAAGAAAAGCAGCGACAAUGGAUUCUUGGUCCAACCUUUUGCUAAUGUGCGGACUUGUCACGGCAGCACUGCUGAAUCAAACUACUGGACAUGAAGUGACUAGUCAUGAAAUGGAACAAGCCGUGCUUACUCUACAAAGACAUCACAGGUUAACAGAGACAAAAUGGGUGGGAGAAGCUGUUUUCACUCCCUACUUGGGCAAAGUAGAGGCUACUUGCACUUGUGAGAAGAUGAUGCUUUUGCGAAUGCUGCAUGGUUACAUGGAGAUCUUUUCAGACAUGCUGAAAAAGGCCAAUUCUAUUGUGACUAAGAACAGUCUGAAGAAACUUCAGGAAGGUGUGAAACAACUGAAGGACAAAUACAAAGAAGAACAGGCAGUGUGGAAAAAAAUCCAUGAGAUUGACUCUCUGCAGAAAGACAACAGUACGAUCCAAGGUGGAGCCGUGAACGACUUCAAUGUCGUGUGCAAUAAGGCCUCAGAAGCUAAAAAAACAUCCGAGAAGUCCCAAUCACCAGUGCAAUGUUAGGACGCUUUCGAGUAGAGCCCAAGUCAAAUCUGCAUUACUUUAGUGAUUCAGUCUAGUACCUUUGUGUUAUUUAUCAAACUUAAUUUAACAAUUAAUUACAAGUCUA